AUGCCAACCUACUUAUGCCACGGUUUUCGAUGGACGCGCAGGCUCAUCCGCAUCUGGGUCAUCAUGCAGGAUCUGGAGGAUGCCGCGCCAGAUUGGAUCACGGGUCGCACCACCUCGGCCGUCAUCCUCGACCGCUUCGCCACCAAAUUCGACUACUUGCCUCAACGCCCACCGUCGCAGCAGCAGCCGGAGCAGAAUUCAGAGCACCAGCAGGAAGAAGCAAAGCAAGAGGAGAAGAAGAUUCCCCAUCAGGACGAUGAUAUGACCGUGCCUCCAUCGCGUGUUCCCGACGCCGAGGACAGUGUGCUAGUCAACCAAUCAUCUCCGGUGAAGCUGCUGGAAGAGUAUGACCCGGAGGAAACAAAACUCUCGACGCGACCGUAUGCCUAUGUCGCAGACCACGUCAUUCGCAUAGAUUUGACCGCCAACGUAUUGGAGGAAAUUGCCAAAUACGAGGCUCUCGUCAAGGAGAGGGAUGAGGGCAACUGGUUUGAAAGGUUCCGCGAUGAGCUGCAAUUGGGGAUGCACGAGCCGCCGCCUAUUGAGUGGUACAUCGUCGUCAACGGAGACGAGGAGCGCGGCGUGCCUCAGGACGAUGACGAGGACAGCUUUGACAGCGAAAUGAGAGACAUUGAAGAAUUGAAUUUGGGCGAGGAGGGAAGCGAAGCCAAGCGUGAGCAGCAGACAGCCGGUUCCUCACAACGACGAAGCACCAACAGCCGGCCUAUUGACCAGCAGCAUUCACUACGGCACAAGAUCUCGAGGGCGGGCCUGCGACGUUUGUUUAGUAAAAAAGAAGCUCCCGAGUAA